AUGGCAUCAUCAUUCACUGGAACUCAGGACAAAUGCAGUGCUUGCGACAAGACAGUUUAUUUUGUGGAUUUGUUGUCUGCUGAUGGACAAACUUAUCACAAAUCAUGCUUCAAAUGCAGCCAUUGCAAAGGCACUCUUGUGAUGAGCAACUACUCUUCCAUGGAUGGAGUUCUCUACUGCAAGACCCAUUUUGAACAGCUCUUUAAGGAGUCUGGAAAUUUUAGCAAGAAUUUUCAACCUGGAAAACAUGAGAAGGACCUGACAAGGGCACCAAGCAAAGUGUCUACUAUGUUCUGUGGGACCCAAGAUAAAUGCCCUGCAUGCGGCAAAACUGUGUAUCCACUCGAGAAGAUAGGGCUGGAGGGAGAGUCGUUCCACAAAUCGUGCUUCAAGUGCGCGCACGGCGGGUGCGCGCUGACGCACUCAUCCUACGCCGCUCUCGACGGGAUCCUCUACUGCAAGCACCACUUCCAGCAGCUCUUCUUGGAGAAGGGAAACUACCAGCACGUUAUCGAGGCUGGCAGGAAGAGCUCGGCCGAGAACGACGAAGAGCACCGUGCAGCAGCUGCAGCCGCCGCUGCAGCUGCUGACGCGGCGGGGGAAGGGGGUGAAGAGGAUGGCGGGGAGGCAAAGGCGGAUCCGGAUGAGGCCGAGGCCGAGGCUGAGGCUGAGGCUGAGGAGAAGGCUGAGGAGGAGAAGGCUGAGGAGGAGAAGGCGGAAGACUAG